CUUCGCCGGAGUCGUAUUCCGGGUGACGACUCGUUGCGCGGCGCACGUGCGAGUUUACUGUUGUGCCGACUCGACGACGGUGCUAGCGGCGAUUUUAUAGUGAUAUAUAAGCUCACGCGCGUGGUGUAGGUACCUAUCUCUCAUAAUAUGUCGCCGUUGUUGUCGUUAAGAUUAUGACUUAAAAAAUUUUCGUUCGUCGAAUCUCUCUUCUCCUCAAAUAUAUAAUAAUAAUAAUAAUAAUAUAUACUCUUGACCGUUUUCAUUGUUUUUGUUAUUGUGAUUGGUGUUAUUAUAUUGUGUCACGGGUGCAGUGGUUUUUGGCGUACGUUACAAUAACCAGUAACACUGUUUUGAUAAAUCAUAUACAAAUAUUGAAUAUAUCUUCAGUUUUCUGCAAACAUAUUCUGUCCGACAUCAAAGAAAAUCAAAAUCAUUUAAGUAUACAACCAUGUAGAACAAGCCGACAAAAGCAAUUUCAAUUCUAAACGAAGCUUUUAUUAUUAGAAAAAAAACACACAUUUUUUCAAACCAAUCAACUAAUAACUUACACACAGCGCACGGUAUAGCAAUAUCGAUCACUCGUCAGUGUGCAUUUUAUGCAUCAAAUAUCAACAUUUAAUACUUCUCGACGAAUUUACAAAAUGUAAAAUCAGACGCGAUUUGGACGGCGACGAUGACGACGACGGAGACUGCACGUGCAAUAUGAGUGUCGGCGCACAGCGGUGAUGGUUCUAUGGACGACGGCGGCGGUGAUGAUGACGAUGAUGAUGAUGAUGACGACGACGAUGACGACGAUGACCAUCUCGUCGUCGCCCGGAUGUCCGGCGGGGUGCGCGUGCAAGUGGAAGAACGGUAAGCAGACGGUCGAGUGCGUGGACAAGAAGGUGACCAGCGUCACGCUGGCGCUGGGCAUCGACCCGGCCACGCAGGUGCUGGACAUAUCGGACAACGACCUGUCGGCGGCCGGGCUGCCGCACGACACGUUCGCCGCGGCCGGCCUGUCCAACCUGCAGCGCAUCCACGCGUCCCGGUGCAACGUGUACUACGUGCACGACCGGGCGUUCCGGGGCCUGACCAACCUGGUGGACCUGGACCUGUCGGGCAACUGUUUGCGGCAGGUGCCGACCGGCGCGUUCGCCGAGUGCCCGUCGCUGAUGAAGCUCAGUCUGAGCGGCAACCCGAUCGGCCGGGUACCGGCCAGGGCGUUCCGGCACCUGGGCCAGCUGACCUCGCUCGACCUGAGCGGGUGCGGGCUGACGGCCGUCGAGGCCGGCGCGUUCACCGGCCUCGACGGCCUCGACUGGCUCCGACUGGACGACAACCUGUUGACGCACGUGCCCGGGCCGCGCACGCUGCCCGCCCGGUUGCACGGCAUCGACCUGCACCGCAACGACUGGCAGUGCGACUGUCGCAUGGUCGACAUGCACCGCUGGCUGACCGACAACCGCGGAGUUCCGAUGGCCGAGGAGCCCGUGUGCUCGGGUCCGGCCGGAUACACCGACGUUCCGGUGAGCCAAGUGCCGGAAGUCGAUCUGGCGUGCGCGCCGGCCGCGUAUCCGGGCGCGCCGCCGGUGCAGGACGUGGCCGAGGGCGUGAACGUGUCGUUCCGGUGCCUGGUGGCCGCCACGCCGGUGGCCACGGUCCAGUGGCUGUACGGCGACGCGCCCGUUUACCGGCACAACGCGUCCGAGCUGAUCACCGUGGACGGUAACACGACGGCCGAGCUGUACGUGUACAACGCGAGCGUGGCCGACGCCGGUGCGUACGCGUGCGUGGCCGAGAACCGGGCUGGCCGGGCCCGCGUCAACUUCACCGUCACCGUCCGGCCGCUCCUGGCCGCGGGCACCGUCGACGACCGUUCUGCGCCGUCGCAGUCGUCGUCGGCCACGGCGGGCGGCGGCGAGGCCGGCGACGGCCGACCGCUGUUGUACGUCGGUUACGCGGCCGCGGGCUCGGUGGCACUGUCGGCCACGAUCGCCGUCCUGGUGGCCGUCCGUUGCAGGCGGAUGAAACGGUCGGGCGGCGGAGGCGGCCGGACCGGCGGCGACUCGUCGUCGGCCAACAAGCGGAGGCCCGCCGCGCCCGUGGCCGACGGUUACAGAACCGUCAGCACGACGGCCGACAAGGAACUCUGCGAGUCCGCGGCCGGAAGUCCGGCGUCCGCGCGUGCCACUUCCGCCGCCACUCUGGUGACGGUGACGACGGAGGCGGCGGCGGCGGCGACGGCGGGACCGACGAGGAUCGAAGAGGUUGUCGAGUGCAAUCCGGACGUGGUGAGCGACGUGAAACGAGCCGGUUGGGAGAUCGAUUUCGAGCAGAUCGUUUGGGCCGAAUGCCCGCCGGCCACCGGAUACGUUUCCAUACAGAUUCCGGUGCAGUGCGGCAUCGAGUGUCUGGGCGCGUAUUACGCGACCGCCGCCGAGGCCGUGGCCGCGGGUAACCGGUACGGUACCGCGAUCCGGAAACAGCGCAGGCGGGCGGCCGUGUUGACCGCGGCGUACGACGACACCUGCACGGUGGUGCGCACCACCGCGCAGGGCGGAUAUCCAAAGACGACCACGGGUCCCGGGACGAUUGGCACGCCUGCCGCCGCCGUCGCCGCACUGCCGCCGACCAUCGUCGUGGACGACCCGGACGCCAACGGCGGCGGCGGGUGCGGUGGCGUCGUCGUCGCGCCCAUUAUCAGCCCGCCGUUGCCGUUCCGGUCAGCCGACGAAAACGAAGCGGACAAAGACGACUCCAUCGCGCUGUAAUAAGGGAUGCACGCCAAAGGGAUGUUGUUUUUAUUCGUGUUUGUAUACAAUUGUAUUAUUAUUUGUUCUGAAAAAAUCCAUAAUAAUGAUGGUGACCCGACCGGACACGACUUUGUUCCGCGACACGGUUUUAUUUUUUAUUAUUUAUUCGAGCAAUAUCAAUAAAUAUACAACUAUAAGCAUUAUA